CACCUCCGUACCGCCGCGCGCCCUGGUCCUGUCCUGGUGCCCAUCCCCGCAGCACCGCACCACCAGCCAUGAGCUCCACGCAGUUCAACAAGGGGCCAUCGUAUGGACUCUAGGCCGAAGUCAAGAACCGGCUCCUGUCCAAAUAUGACCCCCAGAAGGAGGCUGAGCUCCGCAGCUGGAUCGAAGGGCUCACGGGCCUCUCCAUCGGCCCCGACUUCCAGAAGGGUCUGAAGGACGGGGUGAUCUUGUGUACACUCAUGAACAAGCUGCAGCCGGGCUCGGCCUCCAAGAUCAACCGCUCCAUGCAGAACUGGCACCAGCUAGAAAACCUCUCCAACUUCGUCAAGGCCAUGGUCAGCUACGGCAUGAACCCUGUGGACCUGUGUGAGGCUAACGACUUGUUGGAGAGUGGGAACAUGACACAGGUUCAGGUGUCGCUUCUCGCACUGGCAGGAAAGGCUAAGACAAAAGGGCUGCAGAGGGGCGUGGACAUCGGGGUCAAGUACUCGGAGAAGCAGCAGCGGAACUUCGAUGAUGCCACCAUGAAGGCUGGCCAGUGUGUCAUUGGGCUGCAGAUGGGCACCCACAAAUGUGCCAGCCAGUCUGGUAUGACAGCCUAUGGCACCAGGCGGCAUCUCUACGACCCCAAGAACCACAUCCUGCCCCCCAUGGACCACUCCACCAUCAGCCUUCAGAUGGGCACGAACAACUGUGCCAGUCAGGUGGGCAGGACGGCUCCGGGGACCCAGCGACACAUCUAUGAAAAGUGUGACAACUCCUCCAUGUCCCUGCAGAUGGGUUACACACAGGGUGCCAAUCAGAGUGGCCAGGUCAGAGUGGGCCGCCAGACAUAUGAUCCCAAGUAUUGCCCGCAAGGCUCCGCGGCAGAUGGCGCUCCACCUGGUGCCAAUGACUACCCCAGGGAGGCCUCAGAAUAUGCGCCCUACUACUAGGAGGAGGCCGGCUACUGAAGCACCCCAGAAUGCCAACUCCCCAUUGCAGUACCCUGUCUGGGGCUUGGGGUUUUUAUGGGCGUAGCUUUCCCUUUUCUCAUUC